CCAUUUUGGCUCAAGUCAGUUCGCGAUCCAGCAUGCUCGCUCGGGCGCGGAAUGGCGAUACGGGACGGCGCGGAAUGCGCGCCGAGGAGAACGGCACAAGAUCGCAAGGCCGCACGGCUCUGGGCCAUUCGCUCAGCAGAUAGGGCGGUCUCCAAGCUGUCGGAAGAGCUUGGUCGGAUCAGGGAGCAGCACACGCAGUUGCUCGACUUCGUGGGCGCGCUGGCCGGCGGCGAUGCGGAGCUGGCCGACCGCCUUUUGGCACUGGCGCCAGCACUCCAGGAUUUGCUGCGAGGACGCCUCCCUAGCCACGUCAGCGUCCUCAGGCGGAACGUGGCGUUGCACUCCGACGCUUCUGGUGUGAGCAUCGCCAGCGCAGGAGUGCAUGCUCUCAAGAGCCUCCAGAAGGGGCCGCGACUGGAGUGCAGACAAGAGGGCUUCGUAUGGAAUCCUGAGGCCCCAGUUUUCGUUCCACAGGGCUCGGACUUUUUCGAGCAGUUCAUGCCGGCCUUUGAGGGCGAACAGGCGGAGAUCCUGCUUCGCGAGCUCGGUCAUCUGACUGCCCAGGCAUCUCGUGCUGAAGCUGUUCCUGAAGCAGAGUCUGCUGGAGGCCCACCUGCGUGUGAAGAACAGCAUGCACACCAAGCAGCUGACGUUUCUGUGGACUACCAUGCCGAGCAAGCCGUGUAUGAGCCUGAUGCGGACGAGCAUCGCCAUCGUCUUCAGCAGUAUCGGUCCGACUAUCCUGCCCCUGCAGACGCCUUUUCGGAGGGAUCUGCUGUGGAUCCGACUUCUCGGCAUGUUGCACCUGAGUCUAUUCGGCCUGAGCGUGACGAUGAUUGUGUGAAUGCCUCUGACGUGUUGCGCCCUGGAGGUACUGCAGGCCGUGCGCCGCUGCCUCCCGCACCUGCUGCUGACGGUGGUGCCACCGCUGGUGUGCCAGGCGCGUCUUGCGACGGCUCCGACGUCGACGACGUUACCCUGGACGGCGAGGCCGACGCGGACACCUCGUGCUCGGUCGGCGAGCCGCCAGGGGCCGACCAUGCCGGUACUGCUGCAGCAGCCGCCGCGUACCUCGCCGCCUUCCCGCAGGCCCUCUUCAGCGGGGUCGACGGCGGCUGGGGCCGCUGCGAGGUCGUGGCAGGGGACUGGUGGCGAGCGAGGGCCUUCGUAGCCCGCGUUUGGCUCACCACAGGUGCUGCGACGGUGCAGGAGAGCGGUGCUGCUGGCUCUGCCGCCCCGCCGCCGCCGCUGCCUGACGUUCUCCUGCGGGCCGAGUGCCCGAUGUCGGGGCGUGCCGCAGGCGCUGUGGCGCCGCCGCAGCGGCGGAGGGUCCGCUUCGCAGAUGCCCCGUGCGUGCUCGAUAUUGGCCGUUGCUCGGGCGUGCGUGGUAUCCUUCGGCGGGAGAGCGUGCCAGGGUUUCUGGAUCCCGCUUGGACACGCCACGCCAAAGCUGUUGACCUGAUGCACAUGAUCGAAGGCGGCUCCUUUGGCCUCAAGGUUCCUCCCAUGCGGAGGCCGCACCAACUUCGUGUGCGGUUCGCGGAUGGGUCUCGUCUGGUUGACGCCCUUCCGCCAGGGAUGUCCGUUGAGCGUUACAGAGAGCUCCGUCGUCUUAUCACAUUGUGCGGAGGGCAGUAA